AUGAAUGUUUUCAGGAGAAUUCUGCUUCAGUUUCGCAAAGUUGUCAAGAGCACUAAGCCUGGCGAGAAGGGCUUGAAGACCGACGAGGCCUCAACUGUCGGGAUUGGCCUCGAAGGCGUCCAAUGCAACACAUAUCCGAGACAGCUGUCGAUGGUUUCCAACGUCGUGUUUUGCAUUGAGCAUUUAGCCCGAAUCGGGAACAAGCCUUGCUACACACAACAGGUCACGAGCUACUGUCAGUCGGGGCCAGACUUCAUCAUCGGAUGGAGAAAAAUUGAUGAGCUGUCUAUAAACGCUCCGUCUUGUGCUGGGGUUGCUCGGAGUGCUGGUAGGAUCAUGGACUUCUGCACAUUCAAUGGUAAGGUCAUGGGACAGACAACGGCGUUCGAUGACCCUGCCGUGGGUGUGAUGAUCAGGGCUUUCCCUGAGGGCAAGCUCCCUGACAAUAUCACGGCUGAGUAA